UCAUGGCGGCCUGAAGUCCCGGCAGUCGGAGAGGCGGCUGCAGGCCCCUCCCUGCGGAGCCGCUGGUCCGGCAGGCGGGGAUGUGACCGCGGGCCCUGCCGGCCUGCCCCGGGCGUCGCCUCAGCUGCCGUGCCAGUGCCCUCCGUCCACACCGAUGGCGGGAUCCGGCUGCGCGUGGGGCGCGGAGCCGCCGCGGUUUCUGGAAGCCUUUGGGCGGCUGUGGCAGGUACAGAGCCGCCUGGGGAGCGGCUCCUCGGCCUCGGUGUACCGGGUGCGCUGCUGCGGCACCCCCGGUUCGCCCCCCGGCGCCCUCAAGCAGUUCUUACCGCCGGGAACCACGGGCGCCGCGGCCUCGGCCGCCGAGUACGGUUUCCGCAAAGAGAGGGCGGCGCUGGAGCAGUUGCAGGGUCACAGGAACAUCGGUAAUUGCCGCUGCCUCCCUUUCCUUCUUGCCCGGGUCCCGGCCCAGCCCAUGCUUCAUGAUGAUCCAAGCAGAAGAAUUCCUGCUGAAAUGGCAUUGUGCAGCCCGUUCUUUAGCAUUCCUUUCGCCCCUCAUAUUGAAGAUCUGGUGAUGCUUCCGACUCCAGUGCUAAGACUACUGAAUGUGCUGGAUGACGAUUAUCUCGAGAACGAAGAGGAAUACGAAGGUAACUGCUUCCUAAAUUGUAUUUUAAUGUCUUUUGUAACUAACUCUAGAGUAGACGUAUUGAAUUGA